AUCCCGAACCCAAAAACCCUCCUUCAAUUUCAUUCUCUGUAGGCGGUACUGAAGCAAACCUUCUGGUAAAAAUGGCAAUCGCUGCGGCCUCCGCCGCUACCAGAUCGAUUUUCCGGUCGUCUGUUGCUCGUAGCGCUGCCGCAAGGAUUGCGUCAGAGUCCAAAGCUGCUCGAGCCCCUUUUCGCAUCGCUUCCAGAAGUAAUCUAGCACCACGCAUCUUCAGGUGCCCAGCUGAGUUGAGCGCCUGUGUGUCGUUGCAGCCUUAUCACACGGCUACUGCCUCGGCUUUGAUGACCUCAAUGCUUACAGUUGCUCCCCGCAGCUUUGGUUGGCUUUCCGAAGGGGUUGACAAGACUAGAUGAAGAGGGACAAGCAAAGAGGAAUGACCUGGAUUUCUUUUUGUUUCAAAGCUUCACAUUUUAGUAGAAAAUGAUGUUUUUAGAUGUUGGACUUGUUCCAAGAAACUGGAAUUUGUGUAGAUUAUUAAAAAAAUUAAUUCUGAUUUAUUAUCUCGCGUGGUAUAAGACUAGAUUAUAUUUAUGGUGUUUAAUUGUCAUUCAACCUAAACAUAUUGGGAGUUUGUUGAGAUUUGUUUGUGUUGAGAUUUAAGGUGUCAUGCAAGAUAUAAGAAUUUCAAACUAAGACAGUCAAGUACCAACUCACACUUUUCUUUAUUUAAUCAGCUGUCAAUGAUGACGUGUGAUGAAUUUUUGGAGGGCUUUUGAGGUAAUGAGCAAAAUUUUCACU